UUAUUUCCUGGUUGUUUACAGAUACACAGACUACUAAGUCCGCGUUAUCCGGCACCGGGACACUGUACCUGGCGUUGCAACGAGUCGCCGUUUAUCGGAGACCAUCUUCUCAUCCUAGCGUUCUAUCAACCGAUCAGGGAAGUGCGUCCGCUGCCGGCAAUCAAUCACUGUAAGCCUUCUCGUCCGGUGUUUUGGGUAGGACGCCUCCUUACCUGCACCAGCGCCGUUGGUCAUUUGUAUUAUGAUGUCUCGGUCAGUGCGAGCAGAGACUAGAAGCAGAGCCAAAGAUGACAUUAAAAGGGUCAUGCAAGUCGUGGACAAGGUCCGCCGAUGGGAAAAGAAAUGGGUAACGAUUGGAGAGACUACCAUGAAAAUUUACAAAUGGGUACCCAUAAUAUCCAAUGAACAAAAGAAAAAGUCUAAAGAACAUUCUCACUCGAAUAAAGAAAACAUGCUGGGCAAAAGACCAAUUGAAGCUACUCAUUCAAACUUCACUAUUGCUGACGACUCAAAUACAUCAUUUUCUGUCAGCGAUUCUCAUUCUCAAGAACCAACCGAAUUUGCCACCCAGUUGGGUUUUUCGGAAGAUUCCAAUUCACAAAACAGUGAACCACCACCGGCUAAACAAAUAAAAACUGAAUAAGUUUUCCUCCCUGAUGCUUUAACCUUUAAAAAAAUUUGAAUUUUUUUGUUUGUGUUUUGUAACAAUUUUUUUUUGUUUAAAAACACAUUAACUACCUCUAUAUGUUGUUUUUUUUUUUUUUAAUUGUUCUGAAAGUUUGUAUUGUAAUUACUAUUGAUUGUACUGUAACUGUGUGUUGCUCUGCCGCCUUCUUCCUUAAAUUCUUCUCCUUCCAACGACAAACAUUCAUUCCUCAGUGUUCAAUUUUUUUGUAUUAGUAUCAUACAAUGUGCAUUUGUGUAUAUAUUACCUUUAA